GCACCGUCAACGCAGCACCGGCUGACACACCCAGUGUAGCUGCAUUGACGAGUACGGCUGACAAGGGCUGACAAGGGCUGACAUAGCCCGCGCGGACGGUGCAGACCACCUGUCCCAGCAACAACUGACACAGCGAGUACAGCUGCCAACACACCGAACAAUCGACACAGCCGACACAGACAGGCAGCAGAGUGAAAUUGCGAAGCCACCACAGCCAGCAAAAAGACCGGCGCAGGGAACACAGCUGACACAGCAGACACAAACCAACGACAGCUACACACAGCCGGCAAAAGACCGGCGCAGGGAAUAGAGCUGACACAGCAGACACAAACCAACGACAGCUACACACAGCCGGCAAAAGACCGGCGCAGGGAAUAGAGCUGACACAGCAGACACAAACCAACGACAGCUACACACAGCCGGCAAAAGACCGGCGCAGGGAAUAGAGCUGACACAGCAGACACAAACCAACGACAGCUACACACAGCCAGCAAAAGACCGGCGCAGGGAACACAGCUGACACAGCAGACACAAGCCAACGACAGCUACACACAGCCGGCAAAGACGAACACAGCCACCGUCACAGUCGCAAACCAGCCAACACAUCACGGCUGACACAGCUGACACAGCCAGCAGGGCAAACACAGCACGGCUUCACGACGAUGCUGUCCGCCCGUGAUGACGACGACGACGCCGCUGCUUCUGCUCCGUCGAAGAUGAUCAACGGCACCGCCGGUGGCGUCAAUGACAAUGACGACGACGACGACGACGAUGAUGAUCAAGACGACACCGUCGAUUUGAGCGACCUCGUGGAACGAGCCGUGAGCAGCCUGGACCCGUCCUCCGUCAACUUCAGCGCCCUGGGCUCCGUCCUGCGCGCUCUCGUGAAGUCGCAGCACCUGGGAUCGCACGUGGUGGUUCCCGCGGGGGCACGUGACCCCCCCGGCGGAGUUGAUCCUCGUCUCGGGGAGAGACUCACUCGGGUCGAGGAGGCUCUGGGGAGGCUGCUGGAGGCUUCCGUCGGAGCGGACGCGAUGCUGGACGGACGCGCGCCUCCGUCGUCGGUCGUCGAGAUGUGGAAAUUGACGCAGGUGACGAAGAGGACCGAGGCCAACGCGGAAGGCGUGGAGAAGGCAAUGUCGCUGCUGGGGACCCUCGUGGAGGAGAUGAAAUCCGUGCGUUCGUGGCGCGAUUCACUCCGCGGCGAGGUGGCGCGUCUCCUCCGGCUGCUGCAGGCGUCCCAGGCAGAGAUCAGCAGCCUCUCUGCCGGCAUGCAAGCCGCACAAGAAAACAGCGCCAAGAUAGCAGAAUUACAGACGCAGAUGGAGCAGUCUGCCCGCUGGCUGGGCGCCUUCCCGCAGGGCGCCGGGUCGCUGGUCACGUGGCCCCGCCUGCUGGCCGCUCUGCGCGGGGAGGACAGCGGAGCGAGCCACGAGCUGCAGACGGAGCGAGAGGGAGCGACGGAUCCGCCCGCCGAGGUGGCGCUGCUCACGAUCGGACGUCUCCCAGCCCGGCAGCAGCAGGCGGAGGCACGCAUCGGAGUUCUGGAGCAGAUGCUGCAUGAACCCCGCUCGGAGCUGACUCAUCUAGUUGCGGAGGUGGCACGGCUGCGUCAGCGCGUGGAGCGCGACUCCACGAGCCGAUCCCAGGAUGAGUCCGGGCUCCGGGAACUGUCAAGGGAGGUGGCUCGACUCGUGGACGAAGGAGAUGCCACUCGCAAGGACAUUCAGAGCCUGGCGGAGUCUCUGGAGCAGCUGCAGGAGACGAAAGCCGACAGGGUCAAAGUCGACACGGACAUCGAAGUGAAGGCGGACAAGCACGCGCUGGACGGUAAGGUGAGCUGCUCGCUCUUCUCGGAGGCGACGGGGCGCCUCCACGCGAUGAUGGACGGCCUCCUGCAGCGAGUGAGCGGCCAGGAGGGCGACUGGCAGCGGCAGACCCAGAUGCUCGUGGCCCGCAUGGACAGCAAGCUGGACCGCAUGGAGCUGGACCCGCUGAGACGGGAGCUGGAGGCGCGCUGGCGGGCCGUCAAACGCCGCCUGCAGGACGGCGAGCAGAUACAAGCGGACGACGCCGCCGGCUUCCGCAGGCAACUGAUUGCGCGUUUCCACUGCAUCUCGUGUGACCGUCCCCUGGACCUACCCGUGCCCGCCCCGCGUCUGAUCACCGUUGCAGUGGCGACAUCAACGCAGAAGAACUCCCAGGGGCUUGCCAGCGUGCGGCUCCCGGCGGCUCCGACGUCGCUGUCCACACGGCCCUCGCUGAGGCCGUGCGGUGGUGUCCACACGAUCCACGCGGUCCACUCGACGGGCGGCAAGCGUGUGGCACGCGUACCACCCCUCGGCCAGAUGGUCCGUGCCGGCGAGGUGCCCGGCGUUCCAGCCUCCCGCACGAAGGAGAUCCACAUUCUGGGACUGGACGGACAUAUCUACAGGGGGAGACUGGAGCGGUCGUCGUUCCUGCCGCCCAUCCAGAGCCCGGAAGGUGUCUCGGACCUGACGGCUGUUGACCGUCGGGAACCGGAACCCCGCGGCUCGCACGGAGCCCCGAUGCCUGGCCCAUGCCCUCCUGAACUGCCGGCGCCGCCGGAUGGCCAACUGCGUCCUGUGCCGUACGACGGUCCGGCAAGGCGGAUUCGGGAACGUGCGGAGCGAGGAGGGAAUCCAGCACCGGUCCCCCCCCUCCUCCUUCUCCGCCGUACAUCAACCCGAGUUGGACACGACGUUCAUCAUGUCCAGGAGCAGUAGCGCCAUCUCCAGCAGCUACACAGACCUGGGUAACAGGCCCGCGUCUCCGCUGCCCGCGAGCCCCCAGGUGUCCCCGGCGGCUCCUCCGGCAGGCGGUGGUGGCGGCCGACCCACGCGGCUCACACGGUGACUCCCGGACGGGCGUCUCUCGCGCUCUCCCGCGCCUCGCCGGGACAGGAUGAAACGCCAACGCAGCCACCGCUACCGCCACCGCUAUCACAGCCAUCACCGCCACCGCAGCCACCGCCACCACCACCACCACUGCCACCACAGCCACCACCACCGCCACCACCGCCACCACAGCUACCGCCACCACCACCACCGCCACCACCGCCACCGCCACCACCGCCACCACCACCACCGCAGCCACCGCAGCCACCGCAGCCACCACCACCACCGCAGCUACCACCGCCACCACCGCCACUACCGCCACCGCUAUCAUCACCACCAUCACCACUCUGAUGAACCCACGGGGGCAGAAACGACGCCUAGGAACAACAACAUGCAGCAGAGGGCGAGGGGGGGAUACUCGCGAACAUCAAGGAGGGAACGGACUCCCACGGUGGUUAGAUGUUGACUACCUCGCCUGGUGUGCAGGAGGUCGUGGGUUCGAUCCCGACCCCGACGCCCGCUGCUGUGUAUUUGGAGUUUGCGUGUCUCUCUCUCAUCAUCGUCACGGAGGCUAGGAGAUGUUAACUACCUCGCCUGGUAUGCAGGAGAUCGUGGGUUUGAUCCCGACUCCGACGCCCGUUGCUGUGUAUUUGGAGUUUGCGUGUCUCUCUCUCAUCAUCGUCACGGUGGCUAGGAGAUGUUAACUACCUCGCCUGGUCUACAGGAGGUCGUGGGUUCAAUCUCGACCCUGACGCCUGCUGCUGUAUAUUUGGAGUUUGCGUGUCUCUAUCUCAUCAUCAUCAUCACGGUGGCUAGGAGAUGUUGACUACCUCGCCUGGUGUGCAGGAGGUCGUGGGUUUGAUCCCGACCUUGACGCCUGUUGUGUAUAUGUGGAGUUUGCGUGUCUCUCUCUCAUCAUCACGGAGGCGAGAUGUCAUAUUUGAUGGGGGGGGGGGGGGGUCUGACUUUUUGUGACGCCUUGUGACGAUGGGGGGGGGGGGGGUCAAAAAUCGGCCAAAAUCGCGUGACGUCAUUUAUGGAUGACCCCUCCAUCGUAAAAAAAAAAAAUUGUAAAAAAAUCCACAAGGGGUUUGAUUAGACAAUGUGAGUUGUAACUUAAUUUGUGUUUCGAUUUAAAGCUUUCGUGACUUGCAGGGAUUCAUCUUCUUGGUUCUUUCCGUAAAGUCACGUAGAAGGGAAGUAAUAAAAUAAUAAAAAUAAAACAUAAUAAAAUAAUAUUAUAAUAUAUUUUAUUAUGUUUUAUUUUUAUUAUUUUAUUAAAAUAAUAAAAAAACAAUAAAAUAAGACAAAAUAAUAGUAUAUUUUAUUAUUUAUAUUUUUAUUAUUUUAUUAAAUUAAUAAAAAUAAAAGAUAAUAAAAUAAUAAAAUAGAAUAAUAAGAAAUUUUCUCAUGGUUUUUUUUAUUUUAUUUUAUUAUUCCCCUUCUACGUGACUUUCCCGAAAGAACCAAGAAGAUCAUUUGUGUUUGCGACGAUGUUUACCCUCCAAUAAAAAUCCGUCCGCGGGUCUCGCUUACCCCACCAGAAAGGGCUGAGCUAGAGCCAAGCGUCAAUGGGGGUAUCAUCAUCAUCAUCAGUGCGGUGUUGAUGGCCGCAUCAACUUCCGUCCAUUGCAAAACCACUCCGCCGCUAUUCUACCGCGCGGCGUCCGACGUUUCGCUGCACGGUCCACGAAGUGGGCGCGUUACGCAGCGCGACCGCUCGAAAAAUAACCCACGCGUCAUGCCAGCGUCAUGCUAGCGUCAUGCCAGCGUCAUGCCAGCGUCAUGCUAGCGUCAUGCUAGCGUCAUGCCAGCGUCAUGCCAGCGUCAUGCUAGCGUCAUGCCAGCGUCAUGCCAGCGUCAUGCCACCGUCAUGCCAGCAUCAUGCUAGCGUCAUGCCACCGUCAUGCCAGCGUCAUGCCAGCGUCAUGCUAGCGUCAUGCCACCGUCAUGCCAGCGUCAUGCCACCGUCAUGCCAGCGUCAUGCUAGCGUCAUGCCACCGUCAUGCCAGCGUCAUGCCAGCAUCAUGCCACCGUCAUGCCACCGUCAUGCCAGCGUCAUGCCACCGUCAUGCCAGCGUCAUGCUAGCGUCAUGCCAGCGUCAUGCCAGCGUCAUGCCACCGUCAUGCCAGCGUCAUGCCACCGGGGGACGGAGGUCGCCCCAGGCAACCGCCGCCACCCACGCGUAGAACCACGUCGCACUCGAACCGAAUUCAUCGCUCCGUCUCCCCUCCCCAUAGGGGGCCGUCCGUAAAUGACGUCACGCGAUUUUGAACGAUUUUUGACCCCCCCCCCCACUCGUCACAUGACGUCACAAAAAGUCAGACCCCCCCCCUAAAAUAUGACGUCACAAAGCUGUGCCCCCACCCCCCCCCCAAAAAACAUUUCCAUUUUGUAAAAGAAAACAUGCUUCAAACCGCUUUAAGCUAUCGUCAUUGUGGAGUGCGUAUUUAAUGUGGCGCUGCACUCUGAUGUUGUAAGAAAUGUUGUUAUAACAAUUAGUGUUGUUAUAACAAUUCUACAUUUAUUUAAAGUUGCGCAUUUUUACGUGACGUCACAUUUCUCAAACCCUCCCCCUCCUCCUCGUCACACAUCGUCACAAAUAUCUGACCCCCCCCCCGCUCCAAGGUGCGUGACGUCAUUUAUGGACGGCCCCAAACCCCCUCUCCCAGACGCGUUCCAUUCCUCGUGAAUGUGGCGGUCGAUGGGCUCCAUUGUUAUCGCGUUGCCUAUCGGGACAGGGCAGCCACGGCUGUGUGUC